AAAGGGGCUGUGCUUUUAACCAAUUAAAUCGCAGAAUUUAAGCAACUGUCGAGCGGAAAGGGUGGAGCUUGUCGUAAUGUGGGUGGGCAUAAUACGAGGCAGUUCUGAUUUUGGCGUUUGCAGUGCAGCUCCUCAACGUAUAAGAACGAAGAGAAAACAAGCGGACGCGGAGGCUCGGAGUCCUGCGGGGCAGAAGAUCGUUGUCGAUUCGGCGGACGGGUGACGGCAGUGUGUGUGUGUGUGUGUGUGUGUGUGUGUGUGUGUGUGUGUGUGUGUGUGUGUGUGUGUGUGUGUGUGUGUGUGUGUGGUGAGGAUAGGAGAGGAGAAGAGCAGCAGCAGCGCUGUUUCCGUAUGCACACGGAGAGACGGAGCGCGCGAGCGAUUCAGACCGGAAUGGACAUUAAAGGCAUGCUAGAUGGCCCAUAGACCAUGAGUGGCUGGAAUGCAUAUUAUAGCCACCUUUUCCAGAUUAUGCUGAGUGGAAGGAUGGCUCUGCCAAGCAAAAUGAUAAAGAAAUAUUAAUACCAGCCAUGUCCCCAUUGGACAAUUCAACAAGGGACACUCUCUUCUUGCCACUGUCCAAGGUCUCACGUAUAUCUUUGGAUAGCUUUGGAGUGUGGUUACAAAAUGUGGAAAAAAAACGCAUUAUUUUUGGACGGCACACUUUUGACAAUGACGUUUGUCUUUAAAGCUCAGUAAAAAUGAGAUUUCCUUUUUUAUUUUUGAUUUUUUGUCUAUACACACAUGCUCACACAACGUAGAUUGCAUUAUGGCUGCUGAAUCUCCACAGCAACUUUAUUUAUCAGCUUGGCACGGUGGAGAGUGACAUUUGGACGAUGCAGCGAAACGGAGGUGUUCCAGGGAAUGGCAACCAGCCAUGGGUGCUCCGGCGGGUGCGACUGACAUGGCUCAGUUUCAUGCUCUUUUUCAUUCUGGUCUUCUUCCCGCUUAUUGCACAUUACUAUCUCACCACAAUUGACGAGGCAGGCAGUCCGGACAAGCGCAUUUUUGGUCCGCGACCUGGUGGCGAACUGUGCGAGGCAAAGCAUGUGCAAGACCUUUGCCGUAUACGGGAAUCGGUGAGCGAAGAGCUACUCCAGUUGGAAGCCAAGCGUCAGGAGCUUAAUGGCGAAAUAGCUCGUCUGAACUUGCGGAUUGAAGCCUGUAAGCGUAGUAUUGACAGUGCCAAACAGGAUUUGUUACAACUGAAAAAUGUCAUAAGUCAGACGGAACACUCUUAUAAAGAACUUAUGGCUCAGAAUCAGCCAAAACUAUCUUUGCCAGUUAGACUUUUACCAGACAAAGAUGAUCCAGGGCUCCCUCCUCCGAGGUCGGUACAGGCCUGUCGCUUGCAUACAUGUUUUGAUUAUGCCAGAUGUCCACUAACGUCAGGGUUCCCAGUCUAUGUGUAUGACACAGGAUCAUAUCCUUGGGGAGACAAUAUCGACCCAUUGGUCAAGCAAGCCUUCGCAUCUUCUGUUAAAAGCAGCGUUUAUGUCACAGAUAAUCCAAAUAUUGCUUGUCUGUAUGUGAUGCUUGUCGGAGAAAUACAAGACUCCCCACCUUCUCCCUCUGACUUGGAAAAGCAGCUGAAAGCAUUACCAUACUGGCGCUCAGAUGGACAUAAUCACCUGCUGGUUCAUCUGUCCAGGAAGUCAUUAACUCAGAACUUCUUGUACAAUGUCAGUACAGGCCGGGCAGCUAUAGCACAGUCUACCUUUUUUCAACGACAGUACAGAGAGGGUUUCGACCUUGUGGUGUCUCCGCUGGUCCAUGCUCUCUCUGAGCCAAACUUUCUAGAGGUGCCUCCACAGGUUCCUGUAAAGAGGAAGUAUCUCUUUACCUUUCAAGGAGAAAAGGUGGAAUCUCUAAGGAGCAGCCUACUGGAAGCACCCCCACAGUCCUUUGAGGAAGAAAUGGAAGGAGAUCCACCAGCUGAUUAUGAUGAUCGCAUUAUUGGCACCCUUAAAGCGGUUCAAGACAGUCACUUAGACCAGGUACUUGUGGAAUUUACCUGCAAGAAUCGACCGAAGCCAAGUCUACUGACUGAAUGGGCUCUUUGCGGGGAGCGUGAAGAUCGCUUGGAAGUUUUAAAAGCGUCAACGUUUGCUUUGGUGAUUUCUCCAGGUGAUGGGCAGCUCGUAGCAACCGCAGGGUGCAAUAUGCGUCUAUUCGAGGCACUGGAGGUUGGGGCAAUCCCUGUGGUUCUCGGAGACUACUCAAAAUUACCAUAUCACCAUCUUAUACGUUGGAAUGAGGCAGCUAUCAUGGUUCCCAAGCCUCGUAUAACUGAGUUGCACUUUCUAUUAAGGAGCUUAUCAGACAAUGAUUUAUUAGCCAUGCGCCGGCAAGGUCGAUUCCUUUGGGAAACGUACCUUUCCACUUCUGAGAGUAUCUUUAAUACCAUUCUGGCCAGUAUCCGAACCAGCAUUCAAAUACCAGCAGCACCCAUAAAAGAGGAACCUGCCCAGGAGAUUCCCCAUAAAGCUGGAAAGAUGGCAGGUACAGAUGCCAAUAUGGCGGACAAUGGGGACCUGGAUCUAGGUCCAGUAGAGACAGAACCUCCUUAUGCAUCACCUAGGUUUUUGCGGAAUUUCACCUACACGGUUUCGGAUAUCUACCGAACAUGGAAUCGUGCUCCUGGGCCUUUCCAUUUGUUUCCUCAUACACCCUUAGAUCCCAUUCUACCUUCAGAAGCAAAGUUUCUAGGUUCAGGAACUGGCUUUCGCCCUAUUGGGGGAGGCUCUGGAGGUUCUGGAAAAGAGUUUCAGGCUGCACUGGGUGGAAAUGUUCCAAGAGAACAAUUCACAGUGGUCAUGCUGACAUACGAGCGAGAGGAGGUACUUAUGAAUUCUCUGGAGAGGCUAAAUGGACUUCCUUAUCUCAACAAGGUGGUGGUGGUAUGGAAUUCCCCAAAACCGCCCUCAGAUGACCUUCUUUGGCCAGACAUUGGACUGCCAAUUGUGGUGGUGCGGACAGAAAAGAACAGCUUAAACAAUCGCUUUCUGCCCUGGGAUGUAGUGGAGACCGAGGCCAUCUUGUCCAUUGAUGACGAUGCCCAUCUCCGACACGACGAAAUCAUGUUUGGGUUCAGGGUGUGGCGAGAGGCCAGGGAUCGGAUUGUAGGCUUUCCAGGGCGGUUUCAUGCCUGGGAUGUCAACCACCAGUCUUGGCUUUAUAACUCUAACUACUCUUGUGAACUCUCCAUGGUGCUGACAGGUGCCGCUUUCUUCCACAAGUACUACGCCUACCUGUAUUCCAACGUGAUGCCGCAGGCCAUCCGAGACAUGGUGGACGAGUACAUCAAUUGUGAAGACAUUGCCAUGAACUUUCUGGUGUCACAUAUCACACGCAAACCCCCCAUCAAGGUGACGUCUCGUUGGACAUUCCGCUGCCCCGGUUGUCCUCAGGCUCUUUCUCACGAUGACUCGCACUUCCACGAGCGCCACAAGUGCAUCAACUUCUUCGUCAAGGUGUACGGUUACAUGCCGCUACUCUACACACAGUUCCGCGUGGAUUCGGUCCUCUUUAAGACUCGACUCCCGCACGACAAGACCAAAUGCUUCAAGUUUAUUUAGAGGGACCAAAAAAGGAGACAAAGAGACGCACCCCCUCUUACAGACUGGAGAUUUUUAUGACAUGAAGUAAAAAAAAAAAAAGGGAGGACUACUACAUUAAAGCAUUUUACUUUAGAUUAUAUGUGUUUCGACCCAUCAGCAACCACUACUGGUCUCAUUUGCACCACUCGUAACAGUCUUGGAAAAAAAAGAGGCGGAUGAAAGGUGAUGGUACUUUAAAGGGUUUCAGACUGGAUGCUUCAGGAACUGACAGAAUGGUAAAAGACACGAGCAAACGCUUCCUGUCUCAUUGCACUCUUUUACAUUUUUUGUUUUGUGUUUUUUUUUUUUUAUAUCUAUAUAAAGUGUGUCAUACGCAAGAGAAAUUCGACAUUUCUGCAGGUCAUAGAAGUUUUAUUUGUGAGUGUGUGAGCGAGUCUUCUCGAAAAAAUACAUUCUAAAGAAAUUGUUCACCAGAUCCUCAAGGUACACUGACAGAAGUGCAGAAAGGAAAACACUAGAUGGUCGGCUGAGCCGUAAUCACUUUCAGUGCUCUCAUCCUGGGUGCUGUAAAAAAAAAACGUCCAGGCCUUCUUGGGUAUGUGCCGAUAUCACGUAAUCAUAUCAGAGUAAUCUCUUAAACUUCUCCCGUAUUACGACGAUCUCCGAACAAGACGGUCGGCUUAGCGAUCACUCGAUCUGCUGAACAGGAUUACGACAUACUCGCGACACUGCCUUUGUAAAUCCGCGGCAGACAGCAGUCUCUGUACCGCUGAAUCCCUGAAUAAAAUGGAAGUUACAGUAAUAUGAGUUUUCGCAGAUCACGCGUGUUUAGUAUCCAAGGGAUAAAAGCCACCAAACAUUUCCGACUUUAGAAAGCACGAGGUAGAGGUGUAGAGCAGGACUACGUGAAGACUGCGUCCGAUUUCGCAAUGCCUACAGAUCAAAUUGGUUUUUUGUGUAAAGUUUCCUCUCUCAUCUCAUUAUAAGUAACUUCAGGAGAGAUAGGAAUCAGGUUUGCAGUUGUUGCUCUGGUAGCCGUUUUCUUUUAUUACUAUUGUUAUUAUCAAUUUUAAUUGCAUUUCUAAAUACUGUAAAGAAAAUUCUAUAAAUGAUUAUAGUUUUUAUCCAUUUAUCAGCACCACAGUGAAGCGAGAAUUUCCACCGCGUUCGCAUUAAUAUUAAUUCUGACCUGCGCGCCACGCUGACGUCAUCACCAGACUUUUCUGAAAGCUUCCACUUUUACGCUAUAAACAAACACGAGUCAGCGGUUAAUCGUUUUUCUAGUAUUGACCUGGUAGUAACAGAAUAGUUUAGCUGUACACUAUAUCUACAGGAAGUCUUGGUGGGAAGUGUGUUUUCAUGAAAACGACGAGAUUAAUACAUGAGCUGGUUAUGUGGUAUGGACAUAUAUGAGCACUUUGUUAGGAAUACUAUACUGAUUUUUUUUUAUUUAUUUUUUUAUCUCAGUUCUCACUGAUUCUCACUCACUCAGGGACUGAUAUUUGAAACAAUGGUAAAUUUGGGAUUCUCUCCAUCUGGAUACGACUGAAUUAGACAAUUCCCUCCGGUUUUCCAGGCUUUCCUCCACAUCUUGAAGCUGUUCUAUGCGAGGAAGGCGACUGAAGAACAUUGAAAUGUUAAUGAAACCAGUCUGAAAUCAUGUUCGCUUUUGUAGCAUUGUACGCCAACGUUUUAAAAGUCGGCAUUAGAAGGUACAUUGCGGCCAUAAACAGGUUGCACAUGUUAAUUUAUAUUAAUAUUCAAACAGGCUUGGCAUUCAACCCAUUGAUUAGAAUUCGCAGGCCAAAAAUGUGCUACGAAAGCAUUCCCCGCACCACUACACCACCUCCACCAGGCCGGACUGUUGAAAUGAGGCAGUUAGGGUUCCAUGCAUUUAGACUGUUGGUGCCAAAUUUUGAUCCAGCCAUCUGUGUGCUUGAGCAAAAAUCAAGAUUCAUCGGAUCAGCCUAAAUUUUUUUUCUUGAUCUGUCUAGUUUUGGCGAGCUCGUUCCCACUCCAGCCUCAGCUUUCUGUUUCUGGCUGGUGUAACUGGAACAUGAUGUGGUCCAGUGAUGAUAUCGGCCAUCUGUCUCACGAGGUGUUCCACAUCAUGCUGAUGCUUUUCUGUAAUACAAUUCUACAACAUGGUUAUCAAAGAAGCUUUUCUACCUGCAGAACCAUCACACAUAUGGGUUUGUUUCCUCUUUAUUUGCGCUCUAUAGACUGUUGUGCUUGAGAUCAGCAGUUAUAGAAAUUCUCAAACCAGUCCAUAUGGCACCAACGAUCAUACCACAGUCAAAAUCAUUGAAAUCCCUAAUUUGGUGCAUUUCACUGCUGCCACAUGAUUGGCUAAUUAGAUUAGUCGAGUAGGCGUUCUUAAUGAAGUGCUCAAUGAGCGUAUAUAGCUAGUUUAUGGGCAUGGUACCAAAGACAAGUGAUAAAAGGAAACUAACCUGUUGUCAAAGCUUUUCCCAGAAAUACUUAAGGAUGGUCAUUUGGUCAAUGUUGGGUUUCUUGAAGAAUUCUCAUAUCCUUAAACCAGACUAAUGACAUCACGGUUUAGUGUUACCCUGGUAUUCAGUUUAAAACUAUACAUGUAACCGUUAGAUGUAGUUGAACUGUAAGCUUGACAUGGUGACCUCCUAAGAGAUCCAUUUCCAUGGUCCCAAGUUCUAGCCUGAGCUUGGGUUACUGCCUUUGCAUGUUCCUCCACGUUUACCAGCUUCCUCCCAGAACCCUGCCAGUAGGUGGAUAGUUAAAAUAUGAACGCGCCCUUCGAUCGCAUAAGCGUAAGGAUCUGUAUUUGUGUGCAUGAUGUGCUGUGAUGGACACCAUCCAGGGUGUGUUCAACCUCUUCAUAACUCUUUACUCAAAUCCACUACGAUGCAGAUUUGGAUCAAAAGGCUACUGAUAAAAGAAUAUUUGAAGCAAAAAGUUUUUUCCCCCCAGUUUCAUAGUCACAGUAGUUUUAGGGAAAAGAAAUAGAUCACCAAUUAAGGCUUAUCAAGGCUUUGGGCUGCUGCUCAGAUGGUCAGGUGUUCAAAGGAGAAAUGACAAUGUAUCAUGUAACUUAUUUUUGGCACAUGCCUAAGCAGCACAGAAGUUUUUUUUUUUGUAAAUCUCAUGUUUGUUUUUUCCUCUGCUCAAAAAGCUGAUGUGAAGUUGAAGUGAAGACCUCAGGUCUGAGUACUAGCACAAUUCUGGAGAAUCAUGCUGCAUAUAAAUACUGCGUUAGAAUUACUGGCACAAACUAAACUUUUUUUUUUUUCUUUCUAAAUGGUACUUUGUUUCCUCAUGAACUUUUCAAUCCAAAAUGCCUCCAUGCACAUGAACUGUUUUGUCCUGAACUGUAUAGUGAAUAGAGGUUUCUGCAUUGUAAAUCCAUUCAGUUUUUUUUUUUUUUUUUUUUUUUUAUGUUCUAUGUUUCAGAUCAUGAAUUCCUUUCCUAUGGAACCUUUUUUAUACACCUUAAUGACUGUAUGUAUAAAUUUGUUGAGGUUUAAGUAGUGUGUUAUUCCCCCCCGUAUUGCCACUCGAGCAUGGAGAUUGGGGAGGUAAGGAAGCAGAAGCACAGCAAUCUGACUGACAGACUGUAUCAUUAGUGUGAUCCUUGUAAACACUAAUAAACCAGCCCGUGCCAUUUGUCUCUGGA